UAAGAGGGAGGCACGCGGAUUUCAGAGGAUAACCGGAAACAGCAGGUUGUUGUUGAAACAUCUCACACAACUACUACUGAAAAACUACAGCGGCGUGGAAAUGGCUUUGACUCAAGACAUGAUCUUAACCUUUUUACUGGAGCGCGGGGGGAAAGUGAAAAACUCGGAGCUUGUGAGCAAGUUCAAAGGACUUAUAAACUCCAGCGACCCCGCGGAAAAGAAACAAAACAGAGAGCUCUUCAAACGCCUGGUCAACAACGUAGCCGUGGUGAAACAAGUCGAUGAUGUGAAGUACGUGGCUGUGAAGAAAAAGCACCAGGGAUUCAUCACAGGUGAAAAACUCAGUUUUACCGAAUCGCCGUGCAGUAGCAAAUCCACACGUGAUUCCAGUGAAAUAGAGAAUGUGGAUAUUAUUAAUAACAAUUAUUGUCAUUGCCAUACUCCACAAACUGUGAGUAAUAGCAGUAAAAGCGCACAUGAUGCUGAGUUUGAUUAUAAUGCAACUGAGUCUUUGACAGCAAGGGUGCUCAGCGUGACAGCUGAUGCCAAAAGUGGCAAAACAGGGGCUGUUUUUGCUCUUGUGGCCAUAAAAUCUCCACUAAGUGAGCUGCGACAUGAUGCAAAGGGAAAAACAAGCUUAGAUGCUGAACCGCCACCUGCAGCGACUGCUGAGCGAACUCUGAAAGUCAAAGCGUGUGUUGCCGGAGAAGGUUUUCUCUACAGGUCUCUGAGAGCCAAACGAAAGGAGCUUGAGGCGCAGGGUUCGCCACAACUGCGAAGGUGUAGUAAACUCACCAGAUCUGGUGGUAAUGAGGCUAAAGCCUCAGAUGAAAUUCCUUUGGGACCAAUGGAGCAUGAGUGGCUUGUGAAAUCAGCAACGGGAUGUUGGCGUCAGAUUUACAGCCUCCUGCUGAAAGACCCUCAGCUGGCAGCGAAGCCAAAUUUCAUGUCUGGAUUCACAAUCCUGCACUGGGCUGCUAAAAGCGGAAACGGUGAAAUGGUGUGUAAAGUCAUUGAUGUUUCCAGACAGAGAGGUGACGCAGGGAUCGAUGUGAAUGCUAAGUCUUAUGACGGGUACACGGCACUCCACAUAGCCGCCAUUCACAGCCGUGAACGUGUGAUAUCGCUGCUGGUGUGUGAAUAUGGUGCCAACACUAACAUACGGGACAAUAGUGGUAAAAAACCCUAUCAUUAUCUAAAUCCAGACGUGUCUGUUGAAAUCAGAAAGAUGCUCGGAGACCCUCACAGCCUGCAGCGGGACGCCCAGAAUCACUCAGACCUCCCGAAAGGAUUCAACACCCUGGGUAAACUAUUUCAGCCCCACAUCACUGGACAAAAGAAGAAAUACAGACGCCGACCAAGCUUCCACUUCGUCAGAGAUGAUCAUGAAGAUCCCAGAAAGAACGUCGCAAUUAAUCGCAAACUGCUGCAGUAAAAUAUCCCAACUGAAAGAUAACGCACUCUAAAAAUAGACUUAUUUGUUGUAGGUUUAAUAUAAUGUGUUGUUAAUUUAACUGGUGAUUGUACAGUGACAGAUUUGCGUCUACAGAUGAUUAUGUUUGUUAAUGAGGUUAAUAAGUAACAAGAAAAUGUGUUUUAGCACUAACAUAGCCGAAAGGCUGAAAAACAUGUCCAGCUCAUAUGAAAUAAAAUUGGCUUAAGUGUUAUGUAAAUAUUGGGUCACAAUGACACUUUCAUGAAAAUGUAAGUGUUUUUCCACUAAAAUUCUCAUGCUGUAAAUGCAAAACAAACUAAUUUAAAGGAAUAGCUUGUCCCAAAAUGUGUUAAAAUUUUACAUUUAAUGCCAUUUUAAUAAUUUAAUACACUCAUGAUGUAGGUGAGUUUGUUUCCUCAUCAGAUUUGGAGGAAUGUAGCAUUACAUCAGUUGCUCACCAAUGGAUCCUUUGUAGUGAAUGGGUGCCGUCAGAAUGAGAGUCCAAACGGCUGAUAAAAACAUUACAAUAAUCCACAAGUAAUCCACACCACUCCAGUCCAUCAUUUAUCAUCUUGUGAAGCCAAAACCUGCAUGUUUAUGAGAAACAAAUCCAUCAUUACGAUGUUUUUAACUUCAAACCAUUGCUAAUGGAUAAAAUACAAAUCCAUAAUUCUUAACGCUUCAUCCCCUAUUGCCUUUCACAUCAAAAUCUAGAGCUGUUUAGGCU